CGGACACGGAGCGGCAAGAAUAAACAAGUCUGCUAUUUCUCUUGCAAAAGUUUAAAUACAGUCAAAGUGUGUUGGAUUUGUUUACAAAAGAUAAGGUUUAUUUCUUUCAAACGUUGAGAUCAGCAUCCAGACUGACCCAGGAAUGGGUACUGGAGCAUCAAAGGAUGGCGAGGAGAUUGUAGAUGACUAUUAUGUGACUCAAACCCGCGGGGGAUCUGCCCGUGGCUCACAUUCCCCUCGCCCCCGGUCUGACAAACGGCCCCCGGCACAGCGGUCAGGCAACAGUAUGUCGCGAAAUGUUGAACCCCGUGGCAAUGUAAAAGUUGUCACAGAUAGCGAAUGCUUUGUUUGCGAUCCCACACAGGGAAUGGAGGAGCCGAUUGUUGGGGUAACGAAGAAUGGUUUCACAGCAGCAGACGUGGUGAUAAUGGAAGGCCAGACGGUCAUCUUUGUCUGGCAGGAGCAGGCUGACCCAGUGGACAUUGUUCAGGUGAUACAUGAUGGUGACAAACUGCGGCCGGUGAUUGGUGGAUUCUCUGGCAACCACUCAAAGACAAAUGGACAGUAUGAACAACAGUUCAACAUGGAAGGCGAAUACAAGUUUGCCCUGAGUGGCGUUCGCUGUACCCCUCUUCUCAUCACUGUACGACGCCGUAUUGACCUUUUAGCCGACGUGACAGAUGAUGGGUUCACCCCAGACGUGAUAUACAUAGAUCAGGGUCACAGUAUCAAGUGGCAGUGGAAGAACUGUACCAGUCCACACUCUGUACAGGAAGUGAAAUACGAGAUGAACGCAGCUUGUUUUAAACGGGAUCCUGAAUCGUCUGGGAAUGUGAAAACAGUCUCGGGCAGCUACAGACACAGUUUUCCGCGUCCUGGUAUGUACUACUUCAUAACUGAAGGUCGAGAGUUGGGAAAGGUCCACUACUGUGUCGUCCAUGUGAGGGAGACUCAGAGGGAGUAUCGUGUAGAGAUAAUGGAUCGUGCCUACCAGCCCAUGAUCUUACUGAUUGAGGAGGGCGACCGAGUAUGGUGGUCCUGGGACAAGGCUAAGUGCAAGAAGCAUCACAGUGUGUAUGAGAUAGAAGCUCCGGGGAUGGAACAUGGUGACGAUGAUCCCUAUGUGCCAGUAAAAGAUGGGUUCAGAUGGACAACACCAAGCAAACAAGGCCUGCUGUCACACAUCUUCCUAAAGGCUGGAGUAUACUAUUUCUCCGACCAGAACUUCCAAGAGGCAGCAGAAUAUGUGGGCACCAUCAUUGUCAAGCCGAAACAGAAGGAACACUUUGUUGAACUCACAGAGAGUGGAUUUAACCCAGACCUGGUAUACGCCCAGACGGGCGACCGUAUCUGGUGGACAUGGAACGGGCAGGCGUGCAUCAACCAACGCAAACCUCAAGUGUUCACCAUCAUGGAGAGUGACUCCUGCCUCAAUCCGACCUCAAGAAAAACCUCAGGCAAACUGAAUGAGUCUGGAGUGAGAGAUGAUGAAGACUACCAAGAUCCAGAAGUGUACAAGUACAUGGAUGAGGCCUCACUGAUGUUGUAUACAAAGGUCGGUCUGGCAACCACCCACUUUUCCACCAUUGGGGUUUACAACUACCGUAUUGCCGACAGCCCCUCAGACUUCAACACAUGCAGUGUUAUUGUCAACCCAGGUCCAAAGAACCACACAAUCCACCUGACGGACAAUGGGUUUGAGCCCAAGGUGAUCACUGUACGGCCCAAUGACAGAGUCUGGUGGGUGUGGCAGGGAGGGAAGAAACUGCACAACAUAAUACAGGUUUCCCACCAGGGCGACCCUAUUGAGAAGGGUUUCUGUAGCGGUGCCCCGCGUGACGCCCCUUCAGCAUUCGUCCAUCAGUUCCAUUCACCCGGCGUCUUCUACUUCCUAUCUCACAGUCUACCGAAAAUAUUCGGAGCCAUUGUUGUGUCCACACAGCCACAGGUACACGAGGUCCAUGUCGGUGUGGACAUAAAGCCAGAUCCAGUGACGAUCAAGAUCAACGACAUCGUGUGCUGGAUUUUCCGCAGUCUACGUAUGUACGAUGUUGAGAGGGUCAACAGCAUUGACCAGGUUGUUGGCAACGAGAUGCAGAAUCCAACUGUUGCCCCGAGGCGUUGUUUGAGUAAAGCCAUAAUGAGGACGGGGGUUCAACAUUUCUUCAGCAAGUCAUUUACAAAACAGAAAAGUGGACAAAAUUACAUUGAUGAUGUGAAGAUCAGCAGCGUGCUUUGCGAUGAGCGAUUCGACAAUGCAGUUGUGCGUAUAACCAAAGAUGGCUUCCAUCCAGCAGUCUACUACAUACAGAAGGGACAGAGCGUGUUAUGGACCUGGAAAGGCAGCCAAGAAGAAGAGCACAAUGUUAUACAUGUCAAGUCUCCUGACAGUGAUGAACCUUUAAAUGUGAUUCAUGGCCCAAAGUCGUUCAACAGCGGUAAACCUGUGGGCAACAACAGUUUCCUGUACACAUUUGACGAGGAUGGGUCCUACACUGUGGCAUCGCAGGGAGCUCCGGGAUUCUACUGUACCAUUGUCGUCAUGGAUGUCGGUAUGAGAGUAAAGGAGCCACACGUGGAUGGGUCAGUGACAGGAGGCACAGUAGAGCCGGGGACAGUGGUUAGACUGACCUGUGACACACCCGGAGCCCGUAUUUACUACACUGCUGAUGGGUCACCCGCUGAGCUGCACAUUGACUCCGUCAAGCAAUACAAGCCAGAUAAGGGCAUACUGCUGUCCAAACCCGGGCUCAGGUUUAUUCGAGCCAUCGCAGUUAAAGAGGGCAGAAUCAACAGCCACAUUUUCACCUCCAACCGUUUCUGGGUGUCAGGAGACGAUGAGGAAGACUCCUACACGUCAGACUCCUCCGAGCAACAAGUUGCAAAACCCAAAUCAUCCUCUAAGAUGUGGGAGUGGAUGGAGUGUGCCCCAACUAUAAAGGCAUGUUUCACCAACCCAGGAACCCUGGAGGUGUUCUGGGACAAACCAUCCUCAUCACACAGAGGGCUCGUCAAGGGAUACCAGAUAUACCUGAAUGGUGUUACAUACUGUGACAUGUUCCCGCCUAGCAACAACUCCCUGUGUGUAAGUGGCAUGGCGGGUUCAAGGCUCUACGAGAUCAUAGUCGAGGUGUUUGGAAACAAACCAGAGUGCACCACACAGAAAUCAAAUAGACUGAAACUGAAGUGCCCUCUGGUGACUCCGGAUGGUGGCCCAGUUAUCUCUCUAGAGAGGACAGAGAAACAUGACGCCCUGGCCAUUGUCUGGAUGUCCAUUGACUCUGACCAGUUCCCCAUAUCUGGAUACCUGGUCUUCCUCAAUGACAAACAGUGUGGAGCAAGGUUGGUUCCAGACCCCGAAAGUAACCGAUGUAAGGUUGUGAUUGGCAGCUGUGAACUGGAGAAACCCUACAAGGUCUAUGUGGUUGCUGUCCCUGAAGAAGGAACAGUACAGAAGGACUCAGACGAGGUGUUGAUGUCAAACGUUCUUGAGGUGAGCCUGCCCCUCGACUCGUCUGAAAUUCGUCUGCCUGUGAAGGAAGCCCGUAUAGAUGAGCCCGAACUGUAUCUAGAGUAUCUGGAGAUCAGUCAGGGCUCCGGGUACCUGCCUGCCAUGGACACAUCAAGCAGACUUGACGAGUCUCGUAUCUCAAGAGGCUCCCAGCGUUCUCGCACUUCACGCUCUUUUAAUGAGUCCCAUCACUCACCCCACUCUGUGAGGCUACAUCCCGCCCUUCAUGCACGAUCUCCCUCACCUUGGGAUGAUACAUUCGGCCUAUCACAUAAAACCCCUCCCCCUGCCAGGCGUCAAGCCACUCCCACUCAGGACAUCGUAAUUCAUGCUCCUGAGCACAGACCACUUCUUGCUAAAGAGUCACGCCCGCCACCUGUUAUAUUUGAUGCAUCAACCGGAGAUGAGCAGAGACAGAGGGGGGCACCGGAACAGUCUGUGGAGGUUGAAGAGCAGCGUUAUCGAGAACUAAAGAAAGGGCAUAUUCGCUCCAGGAAAAUAAACUUCAUUGGAUACGCUAAGGGCAAACCUAUACUAUUAACCUCCACUGAAGAUGAUCAGAGUAUAAUGACAGAUGACAACGAAAAAUCCACCCAAACAUCAGGACAAACACCAAAGCGUUUCCAGCCGAGGUUAAACCAUGAUUUCAUUCCUCCGAGUCUUCAAGAGAAAGGUGUGUCACCGAGGAGACGCAGGACCUCGAUCGAAACAGAAUCAGAGACGGAGACAGAAACUGACUCUGAUACUGAAUCAGAUACAGAAAGUGAGACGGAAUCAGGAAGUGAUGAUCACCCUAGCAGCAUGGUUGUCCUGGAUGCUCAAAAACCCAUUGCCCCUCACUUACAGAAGCAAAGAAAAGGAAAAACCCCAAGAACUCCAAAAACACCAAAGAGUGGGCGUGAAAUGGAGACACCAAGGGGUAGAGGUGUGAGCAUCAUUCGGGAAGGGCGUGGUUACGUUGAAGUUGAGGAUGACAGAUCUUCAGAAUCAGAUCGGGGUUACAGCCACGCUCCCCCGGCAGUUAGCUAUGAAAAGCCUCGCAAGAAGAGGCACAACAUGGCAAUUAUCGAGGUUCAAGAUGCAGUAGAACUUGAUGCAAGGAGGAAUGAAUUGUCCAUGGAAGAGGAGCGACAGGUGGCCGUCCCUGCCAACACCAAAGACAGCAUGAGGCAGAUUGAUGAAGGACAGUUUAUCCGAAGCGAUGGUGAGGGUAUCCUGCCUGCUCCAUCCAUCAUGGUGGAGAGCCACGGGAAAACUGGUCUCCGUGUCAACUGGCAGUUGCCAAGGCAACCUGAUCCCGAAUACCGCCUCCUGCUGUACGUUGUCAACGUGGUUGGCACACGCUUCCAGGGCAGCAUCAACAGUGACAUUAGUUUUGAGUGUAACCUGGUUGAGAAGGGAAAGCAGGUUCGAGGCGUGCAGCACUGCUGGAAUAUACAGAAUGGCCAGAGAUGCUCGGUAGAUGGUCUCGUACCAGGGCUUACUUACAGAUUGUAUGUGAUAGCCAACUACACAAUGUUACAUGGGCAGCAGCCAUGUGAGAUACAGACCACGUCUUCUGUGAUCUACUACACGACUGUUGGGCCGCCCCGACCUCCCAGGAUCAGGGUCGUUAGUGUUGACAUGCACCAGGCUCUGCUAGAGUGGGACCCACCAAGAAUGCACGAGGACCUGACACUUAGGGGCUAUCAGAUUUACGUUGACAACAAACCGCUCGGAAACAUCCGAAACAAGGACACGCGCCAAAUGAUGGUUAACAACUUGGUGCCCGGGAAAACUCUCAGCAUUUAUGUUGUUGCUGUCACCAGACAGGCAACACAAGAGAGUGAUCCAUCCCGGGUCAUACAUGUCACAUGUCCACGUAAACCACCCAGCAUUGUUGUUGCCCAGCAACCAUCAUACAGGCCGGGCACUGUGCUCAUUUCCUGGGAGAGACCUAAAGGUCAUACUUACGCUACAAAUGAGGAGGAUAUCUCACUGUAUGGAGUGUAUGUUGAUGGCAAAUGGUAUGGUGAGGUGAAGUCAAACAAACUUGGCAACAAGCAUGGCUACCAGUUCAUCCUGAAUGACCUUAACCCUGAACAGAGUUAUGACAUCAGUGUCAAGGCCAUUUCCGGCUUCAAGCGAGUGGAUCCUGAUGCUCAGCAUGUCUUUUCCAUGAGCGAGGGACCCAUGUCCAAUGUGAUCAAUGUAAUGGCCCCUGCAGCCCCUAAAUCUCCUAAACUGAGGCUUGAAGGGCUUACUCCCGAGGGUAUUGAUGUCACAUGGCAGGUUCCUCAACAGCAUGGGGAUGCUACCAUUUCAGGCUACCAAAUGUUGAAGAACGGCAAGCUUUAUGGCUCCAUCAUCCCAUCAGAAGUGAACAGUCUGAGAAUACGGGACAUCUCGCUUGGAGAGAAGGUGUCACUACAACUUAUCGCCCUGACAGAUCAUCCCGUGGGCAAGGUGGAUGGACAGAAGGGUGGGAUGGAGAAGACUGGGGAGCAGGGGGAACACACAGAUGUUUUCCUUGGGGAACGGUACGCAGGUUGUCGUCCAGGUGCCAAACUGGUGGUCCACUACACGGGUCUUGUGUGUCCACCGUCUCAGGUCUGGUGUGAGCGUGUUACCGGUCAUUCCGCACUUAUUGUCUGGAACAGAGAUGACGAACCAAAGUCUCACUUUAUCCGGCCAGAAAGCUACCAGGUGACUUGGUGGCCAGGAGAUAAGCCGGAGGAUGACAUCAACAGCGAUAGCACUGCAGAGGAUCAUUUGUUAAUAACAAACCUCCGACCUGCGACAACGUACACAGUGGUUGUGGAGGCCAGGAAAAUGGAGAAAUACAAGGAUAUUGAUGAAGAGGUAGAAGCAGUGGGACGCGAGACUGUUAGUGCAUUUAUCCUGACAGCCAAGUCUGAUAACUUGGUAUUGCGGACUGCCCGUCCACCUGACCCACCCUCCAAUCUGGGAGUAAACGCCUCCACAUGCUCCUCCCUCAAGAUGGCCUGGGACCCACCCCUCGAACAUGGAGUGGACGUUAUUGGUAUCAGAGUAGAUGCUGUCUCCCUGAACACUGGAGAUCCCCACCAUGUGACAGUGGACGCUAUCCCAGACGCUACUACCACUGUGAUUGAAGGCUUACGGGAGAAGACGGACUAUAUGGUCCGCAUCACAGCAAUCACUGAUGAGUACUUUGACCGACUGCCCGACAGACAUCGUCUCAAGCAGAUGAGGUCUAUUCCCAAGGAUACCAUUCUCCCAGCUGAUGAUUCACCAUGGUUACCAAAUGCUAGCAUUCUGACAAAAACCUCAGGGACUGAGCCACCUGCUGCUUUGAAGAUUACAAAGGCUUCAACAUCAUCUCUUAAACUCAUGUGGACGCCGCCAAUAGUGUAUGGGUCCAACAAGCUACAGGGAGUGAUUGUUCGCUGGGCUGAUAUCAAAUACAAUAAGAGGAAGGAAGAUGAUGAUUUUGUUGUAGCGAGUCAUGUAAACCUACUGCCAACUGAGGACACUUUGACCAUCGAUGAUCUGGUUCCAGGAAAUCAGUACAAGAUCAUUGUAGAAGCUGUUGUGAGUGUGAAAACCUCCCUACAGAAGGAUGAUAGUGAUUCCGGCAUUGAGAAGUACCGUCGAACCGCACACAUCAUGUCACGCCCCCUUUACGCCCGUACCCGGGCUCCAACUGAGCCCCCAAUCCUGCUGAUUACUGGGUACACCCAGACCACUGCUCAACUGUACUGGGAGAAACCACUGCUCAUGUCUGUAGUAGGAAAAGAUGCUGAAGGGAAACCGAAAUAUUUACGCAGAUAUCUUGAGGGGUACAAGCUGGAGAUCAAUGGUAAGACAUACUGCCACUUGGGCCCUGCCUCCCAGUCCUGUCAACUGACAAAGUGUAAACCAGGCAAGAAAUACCACGUCGUCCUGGUUGCGCUCACCUGUACUGAGUCUGGCAAGAAGGAGAGAAAACGCAAGUACAAGGGAGCAUACAAGAACACAAAUCCUCAGGACAUGGAUUAUGGUCUGCUUUUGGAUGACGAGGACAACUUGGACGCCUCACCCUCUGAAUUAAUUGAGAUCACACUGCCAAGUAACAUGGAUGGCUACCUGAACUCUCUCGAUGCCUUCUUCUCUCACAACGAGGACCGAGACAACAAGACGUUCGGUGAUGUCACAGCCCAGUGGACGACCCAGGGUGGGGAAAAAUCCCUUCUCAAACAAUUCAACAUUGUGUGGUACUCGCACGAGGACAGGGUUGUCCAGACCAAAUACGUGACCACUGACUUCACCAAGUGUACCAUUCCAGUUACCAGACUCAAGGCCAUCUAUGACAUUGUGGUAGAGCCAGCCUAUUUCACGGACACGUUGCCGCAGCAACCACAGAAUAUCCAGAUCAUAAUCCCGGGGCCACCCGACCCACCAGAGAUCUUCCUGAAGUCUUCGACCCCUGAUGAGUUUGUUAUUGAGUGGGGUGAGCCUCGUCUGUAUGGUGGGGUGAGAGUGCGGGGCUACCAGGUGUACCUUAAUGACAAAAAGGCUGGAAAUGAGCUGAGCAGCACACACAGGAAGGCUGUCAUACCAUGCAGGCCUAACAGAUUCUACAAGGUGAACCUAGUUGCUCUCAGUGCUAACCCAGAGUACUCAGACUCUGGCAAAUCCAACACUCUCUCCAUCAACACGUCCCUCCAUUCGCCUCGCGAGGGGGAGGAGGAUAUGACAUUUGCUGAUGACCUUGACAUUCCAGUCAAGGUUACCAAGGUCACGGAGACCUCGAUCAGCCUUGACUGGAGCCACUUCCUGGAGACGGAGGAGGUGGGAUGUUACAAGAUACAAUGGAGCAGUGUGGCCCAGCCUGCUGAACGUGAGGUACGCCUAUCAAACAAGGACUCCAACUGCGUGAUCAACAAGUGCCUGCCAGGGACAACCCACUUUGUACGGCUACUAGCGCUGGAUGGAGACGGACAAAUCAAGGACCGAUCUAAACAGUUGACUGUCCAGACAUCCGCUCCUCCCGACGCCCCCUGCCUGGCACUCAGGGCGUGUAAUUUCCGCUAUAUUGCCAUCCAAUGGGAUAAACCCAACAUGUACGGUGACGCCCUGAUCACCGGCUACAAGGUGUAUGUUAAUGGGAUAGUGGAGUCUAUCCUAAACGCUGAUCAGCUCAGCUACACAUACACUCAUGGGAAAUGGUGCCAGGAGUACUCUUUCCAAGUACAGGCCCUGACAGCCUAUGACAAGAUGAACAGCAAGCCGUCUGAGCCUCUGGUUAUUGAGUGGCCUGGUGCAAGGGCCCCUGCGCUCCACCGCCUACCUACUCACUCCAGUUCAAACCUCCGUGUUGGCUGGGAGGACCCUUACCUCACCGACGGGGUCAAGAUCAAGCACUUUAGGGUGUGUUGUGUGGAGGAGGAUACAGAGAAGAUGGUGACCAGUAUUGGCCCAGUCCAUCCCGACACUCGCGAGGCUGAGUUCAAACAUAUUAAGAAGGGAAGCUACAACAUCUACCUAGAAGUCCAUCUGUAUGGGACCAGUGAGAUUGUGAAUUCGGACUACAUUCGCCUACAGCCUGCCCCUGCCCCUGAUGCACCGAAGAUCGCUGCCACAGUUGUAGGCUUCGAUGAGCGCAGACAGAUUGAGAAGAUCACCUGUGAUCUAGUCAACAAGAGAGACAGACUGAUCCGGGAGGUAGGUCACAAAUUGAAGCAGAUUGGCGCCCUUACUCAUCCGAUGAGAGCAGAGAAAGAUCGUGGCGUGAUAGAGGCUGCUCACACUCUGACGCGUGUGGAGGAAAUCCUGGAGGACUGUUUCUCUGCCCUUGAACACUAUACAGGUCAGCUGAUAGCCCAUGUGAGCUGGCAGUGUCCCCAGUCCAACAGGGAUCUCCAUCUGUCGGGGUAUAACGUCCUCAUUGACGGCAAACAGUACGGAAACCCCAUGCACGAGGGUGUCAAGACGGUCAGGAUCAAGCUGGGUACAGAGCAGCCAAUCUACAAGCUGACGAUGGUGUCUUUGACUGAUAAGCCAUCAGCUGCCAGUGAGGAAUCCAACAGUGUUGACCUGCUGUCCGAGGCAUUCAGGCCUUUCUCAUUCUAUUGCUACCAUAGCAUUCACAUUAAGGGAAAAUCUUACCCAGACCAAGGUUGUUGCAAGUACCAAGACUCGAUCGCUUAUGAGCGACAGCUAGCCAAGAAGCUUGCAAACCAGGGCCUCUUGAAGAAACACGUUCCUCCACCCUCAUGCUCACUCCUGGAUGUUUUUGAGGGAGAUUACAAACCCCUCCUCCAGGGCCACAGUCGACAGUACCCCACCGCUAUCUUCUUCUGGACACCAUGGUGCCUUCCCUCACAGAAGGUGAUGAGCUACUUUGCGAGGUUUUCCCGUGAGACUGGACGAGAGUACAACUACAUUGCCGUCGCCUGUAACACCAACGGCACCCCUAUUGCUAACCGCAAGGACCUUAUUCACAUGAUUACGGCUAAUGGAUGGCGGGAAGACGGCUCUAUCUGGCAUGCAACAAGCCAGUGUGCCUCGUCCAUUUAUGAGGCUACCAACCAUAUCUGGAAAAACACAACUGGCGGUAUAAAGCAUGACGCUGAUGUGGAGACGGAGAGCAAUGUGGACUUGACGGAGCUCCUCGGCAUCGCUGGAGUUCCAACUUUCCUCUUCAUACACCAGGAGGGAUAUAUUGCCUGGCAUGGCCGCUACAGCGCGUAUGACUAUGGAUCAUUUGCUGCCUUCAUGCGCCACACGUUCAGUGAGGUGACAGCCAUUCCCUGCCCAGUGUUUAACUGUGACAGCUGCAAGAAUGAUACAUCCAUUGAUGAGGAGGCAAUUGAAACCGUUCUUGGCUUCAUCAACAACCAGACACCGUUUAAGAAUGUCACAAUUAAACCACGACCCCAGUCAGCGAAGUCUGACGAUGAUGUCGAGCGUAUCUUCCUGAAGCGCAAGCCAAGCCCAAAACAUCGCAAACAGAAAGGCAAACUGUCAGUUAACCAGCGUCCAUACUCCGCCCAUUCCACAACAUACGCAUAUCUGCUGAAGAGUCCCUAUAUGGAGCGUCAGACACCGUCUCCGAAGACACACAAAGUGCUCAUGAGGCCAGCAAGCAGCAAAAAUGUUCAGGUUGCUUACGAGACAUUGUGAUGAUGGAGAUAGGGUGUGAUUUAUAAUUAUUCUAAUGUGCUGAUGGAAAAUGGAUAUUACAAUGCAUUAAGAUGAAAAGUGGAAUGGAAUUCCAAUUGUGCCGACUUUCAAGUGUUUCUGAUUUGGAGAGGCGAUUGAAAUAUCCUUUGGGUUUUUUAUUGUUUGUUAAUAUGGAUAAAGAUUUAUUCUUACUUUCUUUGGUAGCAUUUUCUGUAACAUUAAUGCAAUUAUAUAUAUUUGUGGGCAUAGGGUAGCCAAUAUUCUUUGAUAAUUUUGUGAAAUUGUAUUCACUACAGUGAAAAGGAAACCAGUCUUGUAGAGUAUUUAUUGAUGAAAGUGCAAAUUAUUUUACAUUAAAAAAUAAUUUUUAGCUAUGAGAGUUGAAUGAUGUGUAAAUACUGGUAUGAAAAUUACCGGGGUAUACAAAAAUACAUGUGUUUCCCACCAUAUUUAGUAUAACAAGACUGGAUUUGUAUCAGAGCUUUAAAACAUUGUGUUUGUGUUUUGUAUUCCGUCCAUUUAGUCUUUCAUGUUGUAUUAAUAUUUAUUGACUUUGUAGACAUUUGGAAUAUUUAUUGUUAUCAUAGUUUUUCAUAUAAAACAUAAACUAUUCCAUAAGGGGUUUACAUUUAAUAUAUGUACUUUCGUUAUUGGAGAAUGAUUAUCAUGACUUAAAAAAUGACACUUCUUUGGAAAAAUGAUCAUGUAAACAGUAGAAGAACUGUUUGUACAAGCCCAACCAUGCUGUGAUAUUUGACUGAUAUACCAUGAAUGUUUUGAUUGUUUGUCUAUAUAAAUGUUGCGUUGUUGCAUUUACAUUCCCUUUUGAAAGAAGUAUGUUCACAUUGUAUUUACCAGUAACUUUGUAUUUUGGCGAAAUGCCAGUUAAAAUCAAAAUAUUUUUCAAUUUAAGCCUGCUUAGAUAUGAUAUGCAAGAUUUUUCUUGGCUUUGGUUUGAUAUAUCCAGAAUACCGGUAGUUGCUUUGUUUUCAUUUCUUUGAUGUGAUAAUUCAUAUAGAUAUAAAUGUUUAGAUGACACUUUAAACGAGGGAAGGAUGUGAUAGGAAAUCUUUCGAAACCUAUAAAUUUUAUAUAUUUUGUUUUUUUAUUUGAUUCAUGCUAGUUUUAGUUUGAAGGAUUUAUUUCUUGUAGAAACAGGGUGGUCUUGUUUGCUAAAUACUCAUAAACCUUUAACCAAUUUUAUACAAAAAAAACAACCUUUGAAUAACUUGUGAUUAUACUAAUAGCUAAUACAAUUAUACAGUGAUUAAAUUUUAUUUUGUUGAAUGCAUAUUUAACAACCAGUUCAUUCCUUGAAAUGAUACAACUGAAUAGUACUGUAGUAUAUUAUUACAAGACAUACUUCUAAGUUAACAUGCAUUGUAUUAAGAACUAUGCACACAAAUGACAAAUCUCCUUGUAGAAUGCUUAUCUAGGAACAUGCAUUUUUCAUGGGUUUACAUUAAUACAUACAUUUACAUUAGUUGCCUUGUAUUUUGUUUAUUUGUUGAAACUAGGAAUUAAUUCUGCUCUUAUUUAUGUAAUAAAAUAGAAUUAUAGAUGAAA